UCGGAGCCGGCGGACUCAGCACGCUUGCCUGAACACCUCUCUGUGUGGGUGUUCAUUUAUACCACGCUGCAGGUUUGAUGAAGCUCCUGGCAUCAAAUCAAAUAAUGUUAGCCUGUACGGUGGAGAAUCCCUGUUCUCCAUCAGACUCCUGUCUAGAAGCAAACGGAAGGUCUUCCAUGGGGAGCUCUGUGGAUGUGACCUGGCCACUGUUUCCAAAAGGACGAGGAAUAGAAAAUAAGAUCGUAGGAACUCUGGUGGUCACGGAUCCCCUGAUGUGUUCUGUAUGCGUUAGGAAGGAGAGGAACACUUGGAGGUGCACAAUAAAACAUGGGAUUCAAGAGGGGUGCAGAUCCUGGAAUGCCUGAACCAACUGUUUUGAGCUUACUUUGGGGAUAAAGGUCAUCUGGAUUUGGAAGCAAUCAGUGAACAGGAACAACAUGGAAGGUGUGCACUCUGGCUGGGAUGAGAGAUGGGACAUCGUUCAGACAUUCACCAGUUGAAUGGCACAGGGCUCUUCUCAGAUGAAUCGGUGGCAGUGGAACCUCUACCGACUUAUUUAUCAUAGACUGUAUCUAAAUAAAUGUUUUUAACAAUGUUA